AUGGCACCAUCAUACCCCCAAACAGGGAAGCUUGCAUCUGCAGUGAGAACAAAGGGUGGCUUUGUUAAAAAGCCGCAAUCUCCCAAUUUGGGAGAUAACCUAAACACUGCGUCAUCAGAUGAUGACGAAGACCUGCCACAUAUUGGUAGGACCUCAGGGACAAACCCUGAGGAUCCCAAAAACUUACAUGGGGUAAAUGCGGGGAACAAUACCCUUAGAACCCCAUGUGCCAACAUGAUCUCUCCUAGAAAGAGAGAGUUCUCACCACUGGGUGAGGAGGCAAACAUGCACACAUAUUGCAGCAAGCCGGUUUACUCCCAAGUCUAUUUGACUGGGAGUUACACAAAACCAUCAAACGAUCACUGUUACAAAAAUGGGGCCGGAGGCGCCCAUUUCCGUCCGUUCGAGGCGCAGGAAGAGGGAAGGGGGGCCCAUAAGAGUCUAAAUUGGGAAAUUUCCCAUUUCCAUAACAAUCACUCCCACUGGCACAGGGAGCCGUUUUUGAUCCCAAAAAAUGUGGAAAAAUCUUUCACAUGUCCAGCAUCGUCUCGCAUUAAACACGAGACGUCCAGAUUGCAAUAUAGCAGCAAUCUGGUUCACUCCCCAGUCGAUGCGACUGGAAGUUGUCAUAAACAACCAAAUGACCAUUCCUGCUGGUGCAGGGAGCCGUUUGGAGUUCCAAAAAAUGUGGAAAAAUCGUCCACAUCUACGGAAUCGUCUCGCGUCAGCCACGAGACGUCCAGAUUGCGAUAUAGCAGCAAGCCGGUUCACUCCCCAGUCUAUGCGACGGGUAGUUGUGCAAAUCGAUCAAACAACAACUCCUGCCAGCACAGGGAGCCAUUUGUGAUCGCAAAAAAUGUGGAAAAAACUUCCACAUUGUCUACAUCGUCUCACAUUAACUGUGAGACGUCCAGCCCGCAAAAUCGCAGCAUGCUGGUUCACUCCCCAGUCUAUGUGACUGGGAAUCGUGCAAAACAAUCGAACAACAACUCCUGCUUGCACAGGGAGCCAUCUUUGAUUGCAAAAAAUGUGGAAAAAACCUCCACAUCGUCGUUACCGUCUUGCAACUAUAGUGAGACAUCCAGCUCGCCGCCUAGGCGUGAGCCGGUUCAAACCCCAGUCUAUAAGACUGGGAAUCAUCAAAAACCCUCAUGGGACGACCCCCACUUGUGUAGGGAGCCAGUCCUGAGUGGAGGAAAUGUGGAAAAAACUUUCACACCACUGACACCAUCUCACAACCACUGUGAGACACUCAGCGCUCUGUCUGAGAACGAGUGUACACACUCCAACAUGGAUAUAAAGGCCAUGUCAUCCAGAUCGACACAGACUCACAGGUUGAGCUCACUUCCGGACUGUCCUCAGAUGGCCUCAGACCCAGCGUGGACACAGCAAAGGGACCAGGUGCAGGAGGAUGGGGAAGCUCCCCGAAGUCGAUUGUCCAAGAAACUUCUGGACUUUUUCCAGGCUAAAGGCCCAAGAAAUAAUAGGAGAAAAGGUCAAGGGCAGAUGCUCAGAGAGCACAGAGGCUCAGGGGAAGCCACUGCUGCCAAGGCCGAACCCAAAAAAAAAGCGAAGUCACCAACUUCAGAUGAGGUCACCGAAGUCUGUAGGAGUGCAAUGUGGCAGAAGAAGGAGCCUAGUAAGGAGAACCCACAAAUGAGCGGGCAACCAUCAACACCAGGCCCCAUCUUAGGCGAUAAAUGGCCCUCCUCGGUCACUUCACCCAGGCAAAGGAUAAGUGGAAGUAACCUUCCGCAAAACCCCUCCAGUAAUGCUGGAGAGAACCAAACAAACUCUCGUGAAAACUUCACAAGGAAAACUUCCAGCAAAACAUUGCUGGAGGAUAACGGGCACCUCAAAAGAUGGUACCACAAGGCCACACGGAUGGCCGAACUUCUAACUUUCACCCCACACAUAGACAGGGUGAAGUGGGACUGGUUAAAUAACGGUCCUACUCGACUCCCUGACACGAAGUGGUCAGGCGAAAAUGAUGCAGAAAUUUUCUGGCAGUGGUACACCACACUGCUAGGAUUCCUCACAUCAUGA